UGAGAAAUAAAUGAACAAUAUUCACUCGGAAAAUUUCAAAAAAACGUAGGUAGUUAAGUACCUAUGCUGGAUGGCACAGCAGAUUUUCUUCUUGUAAACAAGAAAAUUAUCAAUUUUUUUUUCACCGGAUCAAACAGAAGUACACGAAACGUUUGACGAUUAUUUUCAAGUGCUGAAUUAAUAAUUGAAUGGCAGUGUGAUGCAAUAAAACUACACGUGAGCCAUGGUUUUGAAGAAGGAAUAAUGAAGUUAAACGAUUAUGGCAGAACAAUCUUUUUCCUAGUAUGGAUUUGUUCAUCUUUCAUCAUAUCAGUUCUCAUCUUCACCAGUGGCUUAUUAUUGCACAGAGAGGAGCUUCACUACCAAUCAAUAUGUCGUAACAACAGCACUCACCCCAAAACCGACGGAGGAAAUACAUACGAACAACACUGCUCUCCCAGUAAUCUGAAGGUGAUCCUCAUUAUAAUCGAUGCUUUACGUUAUGACUUCGUUGAACACUCGAAUGUUCCUAAAGAGGAAGAAUUACCAUACCAAAAUAAGUUGACUGUUAUUCACGAUAUUUUGCGAACAAAACCAAAAAACGCCAAGCUUUUUAAAUUCGUGGCAGAUCCUCCUACCACGACUAUGCAAAGAAUCAAAGCUCUAACCACCGGGUGCUUAUCCACUUUCAUCGAUAUCAGUUCGAAUUUCGCGUCGGGGGAAAUCGAAGAAGAUAAUUUGAUCGAUAAUUUAAUACGAAGAAGUAAAAACGCUGUUUUCAUGGGCGAUGAUACAUGGACUAGGUUGUAUCCAAAUCAAUUCAUACGCAGCUACCCGUACGAUUCGUUCAAUGUUUGGGAUUUAGAUACCGUCGAUAAUGGAGUAAAAGAACAUAUUUUACCGGAGCUGAAGAAAACUGAUUGGAAUUUACUUAUUGGGCAUUUCUUAGGAGUUGAUCAUUGCGGACAUCGUUACGGUCCUGUUCAUUCGGAAAUGACUCGGAAAUUGAACGAAAUGAAUGAUGUUUUGAAGAGCGUAAUCGAACGUGUACAAAAUGAAAACACUUUACUCUUCGUGAUCGGUGAUCAUGGAAUGACUUCCACGGGUGAUCACGGAGGCGACACAGAUAACGAAAUUACAUCCGCAAUUUUCGUCUACUCUCCCAUCCAUCCUCUGGUUUCGACACUAAAUCGCACAUUCGAAAGUAUCAACCAAGUGGAUAUCGUACCAACUCUGUCCACCAUUUUUGGAACGCCAAUUCCAUUUUCAAAUGUUGGCUCAGUGAUUCCAGAAUGCAUACCUACCGUUCUACUUAAUUCAUCCAAAGAUGUAUCCGAAAGCUUGUGGAGAAACGUCGAGCAGAUAACUAAUUACAUAAGAACUUACUCCCAGCACAACUCGCAAUUUACUACAAAUCAGUUGGAGACCAUCAUAAAACGCUACACUUAUUUGAAGAAGAAAUGGCCGAGCUUCAAUAGCGAUAUUAUGAUGGACGAAUUUCAAUCAUACAUGACGGUCGUGUUGGAUAUUUGUCAAGAAGUUUGGGUCAGGUUCUCUGAAACUUCUGUAAUAUUUGGUCUCAUUAGCACACUUUUGGUUUCCUUAUUCGCUUACUUUGUCAGCGAAUUUAAAACUACCGCUUUGUCAUUAGUCAGUGGACAUUUUCUAGUAUUAUUUUUCGUGAUUUUUGCCUUAAUUACCAUUGUCGGUAUUUUAUGCGCUGAUUUUUUUUCAGUCGAUUUACUUAUGUCUUUGUACUUUUCAACCGAGUCAUUUUCCGUAGUUAUGAUUUUAUGGUUUCUUACCAAAAUGAAAAUUUCAAUUAAGACGAUAACGUCGAAAAUUCGUUAUAAAUUUGUCGAUUUAUUUUCCAUGUUACUUUUUACGGUUCUUUUAAUCAUUCCAUUUUCAAACAGCUUUGUUCUGGAAGAACCAAAAAUAGUGUUAUUUUUAUUCAUCACGUUGAUAUUGUUCGUUGCUCAUGCGAGUCGUCCGAAAGUAUCCUCCACACGAGAACUUCUUUCGUUACAUUUCAUCACUGGCACCAAUUUCUUGUGUUUCUUGUAUAGGAUGGUGCUCAGUUACGCUAAAUGUCGGGGUGAAGAAGAUUACGAGUGUCAGAUUGCUGAGCCAGCGAGUAUCUCCGCGAUAUCUUGUCUUUUGGCUAUACUCUCGUGCAUUUAUUUUGCUAAUUUUAAUAAAAUCCAUUUCCAAAAACUCACUGCUAAUAAGUUAUCUUUGAUCACUUGCGCUUUAAUGUCGUUCUAUUGGAUUUGCGAAGUAUUGGUCGACAACAUCGAUAGAGAUUAUCCUUUCGUUAAUAAAAUCCCAGGAAUUUUGUUCAUAUUUUUGUCUGUUUUGUUGUGCGUUGCCUUUUACGAUCCUGUACUUCGAAUGUUCUCAAAUAAUAAAUCUUUUCUGUCUAGUCUGAGUGUCCAGUCACCGUCCAUUAUUUUUGCCAAUUCUUUUACUCGUAUUCGUGUAUUGUUAGGUUGCAUUUGCGUGAUCGUAUUAGGUCAAUUGUAUGCAAUUCCGGCCAUAGCAAUGAAUGCAGGAAUAUGGUUCUUGGCGUAUUUAACCAACGUGUACAGGAGUUACCAAACUGCAAAAGAUGAUUCAGAUGUUCCUUGGAGCAGUGUGAUGCUUUGGUGCUUAUCGUCUGUCUACUGGUUCUAUACAACCGGACACAAUACUUCGUUUUCGAGUAUCCAGUGGAAUGCGGCUUUUUUAAUUCAGAAAGAUAUCGGAGACAGUGUUAUUUUACCUGGAAUUCUCGUAGCCACCCAUACUUUUUUGUCUCAAGCUGUCCACAGCAUUCUUUUAAUGUUAUUACUGGUCUUUCCUUAUUUCGAACGAAAUACGCCAAACGACCGGAGAUAUUUUAAUUUCGGUGAUUUUCAAAAAAGUGCAUUUACCUUGAUUUUAAGAUACCUGACUUUACUUUCGAUGCGAAUUUUUUUCACCAUGCUGGCUGCGUGUAUCCUUCGACGUCAUUUAAUGAUGUGGGGAGUAUUUGCUCCUAAAUUCAUUUUCGAGGGUAUUUCUUUCGUUUUUAUUGUGAUCCCAUUUUCUUUUCUGGGUUACUUGUUUACUUUACGAGUUGCUAACGAAUUAAAACACAACGUGUUACAAUAAGGUCUCAAGACUUAUUAACUUUCCACCGCCGGAUUUUUACUUUUUGUUAUUUUUGUUACCUAUAUCUUUACGUUAACACGUUCAAUAAAUAAUAAAUUCGCA